GAGGGGAUUUCAAAUAAUGGCGGCACCGGCGUGGACGGGAUCGGACUAGGACCGGACCGGAAGUGGACCGGAAUCGAACCCGAAUCGGACCCGAACCGGACCCGAACCGGGGUUUUUUUUUUUUUCCUCGGUGUGAGCGGCAGAAGCAGCUCAUGGCGGACAAAGAGGCGGCGUUGGGCGCCGAUGCCGCGGCGCUGAGCCCCGAGCAGAUGGAGCAGUACCAGGGGUAUUUAAAAGAAGCCAAAGACGCCACCAAGAUGGGAUCUCUGGAAGAGGCCCUUAGACUCUUCAAUUUGGCAGGUGAAAUCUUCCCCAGUGACAAAGUGAAGCACAGAAUCAAGAGAAUAGAGGAAACCCUGGAAGAGCUGGCUGAGGAGAAAGAUAACGAAUUCACGGAUGUGUGUAACAGCGGGCUGAUGCUUUACCGAGAGCUGCACCACCAGCUUUUUGAACACCAGAGGGAAGGCGUGGCGUUUCUCUACAGCCUCUUCAGGGACGGAAAAAAGGGGGGCAUACUGGCAGACGAUAUGGGGUUGGGGAAGACGAUCCAGAUCAUCGCCUUCCUUUCCGGCAUGUUCGACGCCGAGCUGGUGAACUACGUUCUCCUGGUGAUGCCGACCACUCUCAUCAGCACGUGGACGCGAGAGUUCGCCAAGUGGACCCCGGGAAUACGAGUCAAAAACUUCCACGGCGCGAGCAAGACCGAGCGAACCAAAAACCUGGAGAGGAUCCAGAGGAAGACGGGCGUCAUCAUUACAACGUACCAGAUGCUCAUCAACAACUGGCAGCAACUUUCCAGCCUGAACGGGCGAGAGUUUGUCUGGGACUACUUGAUAUUUGACGAGGCCCAUAAAAUUAAAACCUCGGCCAGCAAAACGGCCAUCUGCGCCCGUUCUAUCCCCGCCCACAACCGGAUCCUCCUCACGGGGACUCCAGUCCAGAAUAACUUGCAAGAACUGUGGUCCCUUUUUGAUGUUGCCUGCCAGGGGUCUUUACUGGGCACCUCGACGACGUUCAAAAUGGAGUAUGAGAAUCCCAUCACCCGGGCCAGGGAGAAGGACGCUACCCCGGGGGAAAAGGCCCUCGGAUUUAAGAUAUCUGAAAAUCUAAUGACGAUCAUAAAACCCCACUUCCUGAGGAGAACCAAGGAAGAUGUGCAAAAAAGAACCGCCAGCCAGCCCAAAAGCAACCUCUCCGAGAAGAGCCAAGACGACGACCUCGCGCCGGAAAUGCCCUCCCUGUCGAGGAAAAAUGACUUCAUCAUCUGGGUGCGCCUUACGUCCUUACAAGAAGACAUCUACAGGAAAUUUGUGUCUCUGGAUCACAUCAAGGAGCUGUUGAUGGAAACCCGGUCCCCUCUGGCCGAACUGGGCGUCUUAAAGAAGCUGUGCGAUCACCCCAGGCUCCUGUCAGCACGGGCCUGCACCUUGCUGGGUCUGGAAGGAGGCGGCUUCUCCGACCAAGAUGAAAACGGAACGGACCACUAUUCGGAUAUCAACAGGAUCGGUCAGUUGCCUGACCAAACCCUAAUGGAAGAGUCCGGGAAGCUGAUGUUCCUUAUGGCGCUGCUUAAGAGACUCCAGCGCGAAGGGCAUCAGACUCUGGUGUUCUCCCAGUCAAGGAAAAUGUUGGACAUUAUCGAGCGCCUCUUAACGAAUACACACUUCAAAAUCCUGCGGGUCGACGGGACGAUCGCUCAGCUCGGGGAACGCGAGAAGAGGAUUAGUUUGUUUCAGAAGAAUAAGGACUACUCCGUCUUUUUACUUACCACCCAGGUGGGAGGAGUUGGUUUGACUCUAACCGCCGCCACCAGGGUGGUCAUCUUCGACCCGAGCUGGAAUCCCGCUACAGACGCCCAAGCGGUGGACCGAGCUUACAGGAUCGGCCAGAAAGAAAACGUGGUGAUCUAUCGGCUGAUCACCUGUGGCACCGUGGAAGAAAAGAUCUACAGGAGGCAGGUGUUCAAGGACUCGCUGGUGAGGCAAACGACCGGCGACAAGAAGAACCCUUUCAGAUAUUUCAGCAAACAAGAACUGAGAGAGCUGUUUGUCAUCGAGGAUUUCCGGCUGUCCAAAACCCAGCAGCAGCUGCAGUCUCUGCAUUCGGCUCAGAGGAAAACCGACGAGGAGCUUGACGGGCACAUCGCCUACCUGCACACGUUGAAAAUAGCCGGCAUAUCCGAUCACGAUUUGAUGUACACGCGGGACGCGGCGGCUCACGAGGAGGCCCAGGAGAUGGAAGAGCGGCGGUAUAUCCAACAGAGGGUUCAGAAAGCCCAACAGCUGGUCGAACUGGAGUCGCAGCACAACGAGCUCUUGUUGGAAAGAAUCAGAACCGGAACGGAAGGGUCCUGGCUCAGGCCACCGAUAUUCUCCUCCCAACCAAAGAGGAAACCCCCCGAGUCUAAAACCGGGCAGCCCCGCUCUCUCUCCCCCGUGCGACGUCCCAUUCUGUCGUCGGAAACCGUCGAUCUCGCCCAGGACGACGUCAGCUCUAAGAUGACCGGUCUAGUUCUCGACGACUCGGACGAAGAGGGGGAGACGGUGGAACGCUCCAGUGGAAAGACACCAAAAUUCGGCGCCGGGCCUUCCCCCGCUUUACCUACCAAAAAGUGCCCCCGUGAAACUAAUAGGUCGAAGGACUCUUUGAUGGAAACAUCAACUAUCCGUAUUCCCGACAGCGAUAGCGAGGUCCUGCGUGAUUCCGUCAUGGAGUGUUCUCGGCAUCCCUCCACGUCGGCCGUCGUGGACUUGACCGAGAGUCAGCCUCCGCUUCCAGAGGCCGAGAUGUCGGUUCAGGCUUUGGACUCGCUCGCUAGCCCGGCGGGGAAGGAGGCCGGGGUGAGAGCGGGUGCGUCCCCGUCCAUCGACAGGCCGGCGGGAACCCAGUCAGCAUCUCCCAGUGUCUUUCGGAGUUCUGGAUUAAGUGAAAUCAAGGUGAGAGGCGAGUCCUUAGUAUCCUCACUGCACUAUACUAAUGACUUCAACCUCGUCUUGGAAGAUUCUGUGGAGGGUGCCCAGAAGCCUUCCGUAGCGUCUCUGGAGGGCAUCCAAAAUGAAGAUCUCUUAGAUGGUUCUGUAAAUAAUUCUAAAGCAAGGGGCGACUCUGAGCUCUUGCAGCCCGAUGGACACCACUCUGUGCGUAGCGUUCAUCUCUCUGACACGGAAGGCGAAGGGGAGAGUGAACUCGUCGUGGUGAUGGGUAAAAAGAAGGCUAGAAGAAUAAUCGUCUCGGAUAGCGAGGACGGAGAGGAGCCCGAGGCACUGAUGUCUCCCUUACGAAACUCGGGCCAAGAAUUUAGGGCCUCAACCCCUAAAUGGGAGACAUCCAAAUCAGAUCCCGUCUUCUCACCUGGAGCGCUUGGCAGCGGGAAGAAGCCUAUCACGCCACCUGCCAGGCCUGACGUGGAUUUAGAUCGUGUCGCGGAUGUGGAAGGGCUAGAAAUUAGCCGUCGAGCCGAGAGAAUCGAAGAUGGGUCAGAAUCGGAGUAUUUUGAAGAGGCAGAAGAAGGCAGCGAAGAGACUGGUGAUUCUGAAGAACCAGCUGGAGAGACCGGAGAUCUCGAAGAUGGACCAGAAUCCGAGUUUUGGGAAGAGGAGGCAGAAGAAGGCAGCGUGGAGGAGGAUGACUAUUCUGAAGAACCAGCCGGAGAAACGCUGGGGACCGAAAGCGAGUCCUGCAACUUCAGCAUGUCGGAAUCGGAUGCCGGCAGAGAGGGCCCAUCUGCUGGUGAAAGCUCGAGUGAGGCCUCUGCGGAGGAAGCUGAAGCUCUAGCUGGGGAACAGAAUGACUUUUCUCCAGCGAAAAUGCAGGUAGAAGAUGAUAUUUCAAAUCACCUGAACUCUGUCUCUGAGACCGAUAAGUAUGACGCUCUAGUAAAACGCGGGAAGGAGUUAAAAGGCCGGGGGAACUUACAGGAGGCACUGGAUUGUUUACUUCAAGCCUUAGACCUAAAAAGCGAUCCUGAAAUCAUGCUCCUGACCCUAGGCCUUUAUAAACAACUUAAGUAAGACUUGAGCCUGUGACCUCUUUUUGUACACUUUCUGCUAAGCUUUUGAAACGAGUUGAUGGCUUGGAGGAAAAGAAAGGUCUAUUUGGAAUCAGGGCGUGAGCUCGCACACCCAAAAACAUAAAUUCUCCGUAUUAAUUUCUGUUUUUCCUUUAGUGUAAAUUGGCAUCCUGACUUUAUUGUGCAAGCACCGCCUAGGAAUUGAUUCUAUUUUAGUCUGGAAUUUCUUUUCCAUGUUUAGGCCUGAAAAAUAAAGUUUGUGUAUAUAUCUUUCAA